AUGUCUAAUGAUAUCCCCAUUGAUUUCACUGAAUUGACUCAGUUGACUCAAUUGGGAAUCCAACCAACCUCAUUGGAUUUCAAGUCCACCACUUUGGAAUCAGACCAUUAUGUGUGUGUUCGUGAAUCCACCGGUGCCGGAAAUUCGGUUGCCAUUAUCAAUUUGAAGAAUAAUAUGGAAACAACCAGAAAGAAUAUGACCGCCGACAAUGCUAUCAUGCAUCCAAAGGAGUUUGUUAUUUCUCUUAGGGCAAAUGGUACCACAUUACAGAUUUUCAAUUUGGGAUCCAAGCAAAGAUUGAAGGCUUUCACCAUGGAUGAACCAGUUAUUUUUUGGAAGUGGCUCAAUGAUCAAUACUUAGGGUUGGUCACUGCAUCAUCUGUUUACUACUGGAAUGUCUUUGACGGAACCAAUGAUGGUCCAAUAAGAUUAACUGAAAGACACCACACUUUGUCUCAAGCCCAAAUUAUAAAUUUCGUGGCUGAACCUGAUUUGAAUUGGUUUGCUGUAACUGGUAUUGCUCAAGAAGAUGGUCGCAUUGCUGGUCACAUUCAAUUAUAUUCCAAGACAAGAAACGUAUCUCAAGCAAUUGAAGGUCAUGUGUGUAAGUUUGCUCAAAUCUUAUUACCAGGUGGUCAUCAACCAACCAAGGUUUUCUGUGUUGGUAACAAGAAUGCUCAAGGUCAAGGUAAUAUGCACAUUAUUGAAAUUGACCACGUCGAAGGUAAUCCACAUUUCCAAAAGAAGCAAGUUGAUAUAUUCUUCCCUCCAGAUGCUGCUAAUGAUUUCCCAAUCAGUUUGCAAACCUCUGAUAAGUACGGAAUUAUCUAUGUUUUGACCAAAUAUGGGUUCAUCCAUUUGUACGACAUUGAAACUGGUUCCAAUUUGUUUGUCAAUAGAAUCACUGCUGAUCCUGUAUUCACCGCAACCAGCUUCAAUGACGGCACUGGGUUAUUGACCAUUAACAAAUCCGGUCAAGUCUUGAGUGUUGAAGUUUCCCGUGACAAGAUUAUACCUUAUGUUUUGGAAAAAUUGGCAAAUGUUCCUUUAGCAUUAUCUUUGGCUUCCCGUGGUGGUUUCCCGGGAGCUGAAAAUCUUUUCCAACAACAAUUCCAAAACUUCUUGAACCAAGGUGACUAUACCAAUGCUGCUAAAGUUGCUGCAUCUUCGGAACAAUUGAGAACUCAAGACACUAUUAACAAGUUGAAGAAUAUUACCCCUCAACCAGGUCAAAUUUCUCCAAUUUUACAAUAUUUUUCUACUUUAUUAGAUAGAGGAACUUUGAACAAGUAUGAAUCUGUUGAAUUGGCUAAGCCAGUGUUGCAACAAGACCGUAAACCUUUGUUUGAAAAAUGGUUAAAGGAAGACAAGUUGACUGCCUCUGAAGAAUUGGGUGAUAUUGUUAAAUCGUAUAAUGAUAUUGCAUUGGCUCUUGCAGUUUAUAUUCGUGCUAAUGUUAACAUCAAGGUUGUUUCUUGUUUGGCUGAAUUGGGUCAAUUUGAUAAGAUCUUACCUUAUUGUCAACAAGUCGGAUACAAUCCUGAUUUUACCAACUUGAUUCAAAACUUGGUUAGAGUUAAUCCAGAUAAGGCUAGUGAAUUUGCCACUUCAUUAUUGAACUCUCCAGAUGCCCAAUUAAACAUUGAAACAGUUGCUGAUUUGUUCUUCUCCCAAAACUAUAUUCAACAAGGUACCGCCUUUUUAUUGGAUGCUCUUAAGAACGAUUCUCCAGCUGAAGGACACUUACAAACUAAGGUUUUGGAAAUCAAUUUACUUCAUGCUCCUCAGGUUGCUGAUGCUAUUUUAGGUAAUGCUAUGUUUAGUCAUUACGAUAAACCUACUAUUGGUAAAUUGUGUGAAAAGUCUGGUUUAUUCCAAAGAGCGUUGGAACACUAUGAUGACUUGAAGGACAUUAAGCGUGUUAUUGUCCACACCAAUGUUUUACCAAAUGAAUGGUUAGUUUCUUACUUUGGACAAUUGAAUGUUGAUCAAUCUAUUGAAUGUAUUAAGGAAUUAUUGGCCAACAACAUGGCUCAAAACUUACAAGUUGUUAUUCAAGUUGCUACCAAGUAUUCUGAUUUGAUUGGUCCUUUGAAAUUAAUUAAAAUUUUUGAAGAUUACAAGUGUACUGAAGGUUUGUAUUAUUAUUUGAGUUCUAUUGUUAACUUGACCCAAGAACCAGAUGUUGUUUUCAAGUAUAUUCAAGCAGCUGCUAGAAUGAAACAGACCAAGGAAAUUGAACGUGUGGUUAGAGAUAACAAUGUUUAUAAUGGGGAAAGAGUUAAGAAUUUCUUGAAGGAAUUCCCAUUAGAUGAUCAAUUACCACUUAUCAUUGUUUGUGACCGUUUCAAUUUUGUUCACGAUUUGAUUUUAUACUUGUACAAGAACCAAUAUUUCAAGUUUAUUGAAGUUUAUGUUCAAAGUGUCAACCCAGCUAACACUCCUCAAGUUAUUGCAGGUUUGUUAGAUGUUGAUUGUGACGAAAACAUUAUCAAGGGUUUGUUGAUGUCAGUUUUAGGAAGAGUUCCAAUUGGUGAAUUGGUUGAAGAAGUUGAAAAGAGAAACAGACUCAAGAUCUUGUUACCAUUCUUGGAAAAGACAUUAGAAGGUGGAUCCAACGAUCAAGAAGUUUACAACACUUUGGCCAAGAUUUAUAUUGACUCCAACAACUCUCCAGAGAAGUUCUUGCAAGAAAACAACAAUUAUGAUACAUUAGCUGUUGGUAAGUACUGUGAAAAGAGAGAUCCAUAUUUGGCUUAUAUUUCCUAUUCCAAGGGUGGAAAUGAUGACGAAUUGAUUUCUAUUACCAACGAUAAUAAGAUGUACAAGUACCAAGCUCGUUAUUUGUUAGCCAAGUCCGACUUGGAUUUAUGGAACAAGGUUUUAACUGGAGACAACAUCCAUCGUCGUCAAUUGAUCGAUCAAGUUAUUUCCACUGGUAUUCCAGAAUUAACUGAUCCUGCACCAGUUUCAAUCACCGUGAAGGCUUUCAUGGAAAAUGAUUUACCUGUUGAAUUGAUGGAAUUAUUGGAAAAGAUUAUUUUGGAACCAUCUCCAUUCACUGACAAUACUUCAUUACAAGGUUUGUUGAUUUUGACUGCCAUUAAAGCUGAUCCUUCCAAGGUUUCUAACUAUGUUGAAAAGUUGGACAAGUAUGACCCACAAGAAAUUGCACCAUUGUGUAUUGAUAAUCAAUUGCUUGAAGAAGCUUUCGAAGUUUAUGAUAAGUUUGAAUUGAGAAACGAUGCCAUGAGAGUCCUUGUUGAAGAUAUCAUGUCCUUGGACAGAGGUGAACAAUAUGCUGAAAAGUACGAUACUCCUGAAUUAUGGUACCAAUUAGGUACUGCUCAAUUGAACGGGUUACGUAUUCCUGAAGCUAUCAACUCGUAUGUCAAGUCCAAGAACCCUGAAAACUUUGCCCAAGUUAUUGAAAUUGCUGAACAUGCUGGCAAGGAAGAAGAAUUGAUUCAAUUCUUAGAUAUGGCCAGAGAAACCUUGAGAGAACCUUUGGUUGAUGGUGCUAUUAUCAAUGCUUAUGCUACUUUGGAUAGGUUGGGUGACAUGGAAAAGUUUGUUGCCGGUUCUAACGUUGCUGACUUGGAAUCUAUUGGUGAUAAAUUAUUCGAAGCCAAGAACUACAAAGCUGCCAAGAUCUUAUAUUCUACCGUUUCCAAAUAUGCCAAAUUGGCCACUACCUUGGUUUAUUUAGAGGAUUACCAAGCUGCUGUUGAUUGCGCUCGUAAGGCAUCUAACAUUAAUGUCUGGAAGCAAGUUAACUCUGCAUGUAUUGAAAACAAGGAAUUCAGAUUGGCUCAAAUUUGUGGUUUGAAUUUGAUUGUUGAUGCUGAAGAAUUACCUGAAUUGGUUAAGACUUAUGAAUUCAAUGGAUACUUCAAGGAAUUAAUUGCUCUUUUUGAAAGUGGUUUAGGUUUGGAACGUGCUCAUAUGGGUAUGUUUACUGAAUUGGCUGUAUUAUACUGUAAGUAUAGUCCUGAAAAGGUUAUGGAACACUUAAAAUUGUUCUGGUCAAGAUUAAACAUUCCUAAGGUCUUGACUGCUUGUGAAGCUGCUCACUUGUAUCCUGAAUUAAUUUUCUUGUACUGUCAUUACGAAGAAUGGGAUAAUGCUGCUUUGACCAUGAUUGAGCGUUCCGAAGUUGCAUUUGAUCACAAUUCAUUCAAGGAAAUUAUCGUCAAGGCUCCUAACUUGGAAAUUUAUUACAAGGCCAUUCAAUUUUACUUGAAUGAAAACCCAUCUUUGAUUGUUGAUUUAUUAAGUGUGUUGACUCCUAAGUUGGACUUACCCCGUGUAGUUCGUAUCUUUGUCAAAUCUGAUAACUUGCCAAUGAUCAAACCAUUCUUAAUUAGUGUGUUGGAUAAGAAUAAUUCCGUGGUCAAUUCUGCUUACCACGAUCUUUUGAUUGAAGAAGAAGAUUACAAGUCAUUGAGAUCAUCCAUUGAAAAUGAAAGCAACAACAGAUUUAAUAAAUUGGACUUAGCUGAACGUUUGGAAAACCACGAACUUGUAUUUUUCAGACAAAUUGCUGCUACUUUGUAUACCAAGGAACGUAAGUUUAACAAGGCGAUUUCCAUCUUGAAGAAUGAUAAGUUAUGGCCAGAUUUAUUAAGAACUGUUGCUGUUUCUAAAUCUACCAAGAUUUCUCAUGAAUUAUUGGACUAUUUUGUUGAAACUGGAAACCAUGAAUGUUUUGUUGCAUUAUUAUACAUUGCCUACGAUUUGAUUGAGUUUGAUUACGUAUUGGAAUUAUCUUGGUUACAUAACUUGGGUAAUUUCAUCAAGCCAUACGAAAUUUCAGUCGCAUUUGAAAACCAAAAGAAGCUUAAUGAAGUUUAUAAAGAUUUGAAGAAGAGACAAGAUGCCGAAAAGAAGCAAGAAGACGAACCAACUUCUCAACCAUUAAUGAUCACUAAUGGACAACUUGGAUCUGCCGGUCUCAGUUAUCAAGGAACUGGUUUGGGAUUCCAACCAACUGGUGCUGGAUUUGGAAAUGCCUUCUAA